GAAUUUCUCGCUACAAAAAUAAUCGUCUCAUUUCUUCUGAAAAGUUAGAAAGUAUUAUCUGUCGCGUAUUUUUGAUUUCUGCUGAAUAUACCUUUUUAUCGUUCGUAUAAUUUAUUGAACUGCCGAUUAUUGUUGUAAAACCGUGUGUAGUGCUAUCGAAGUAGUUAUUUUCGCGUUUUCCCUCAAUAAACGGCGUUUUUCGGUGCUUUUUCGUACAUCCUGUCUGGGUUGUUUUUUGUGCUCUGCUGUGUUCUACUUUUCAAAAUCUCUGUUGGUUUUAUUCUUCAAAUAAGAUUACAAUUUUACGGUGGUGCGGUGUAGAGAAGAUUGGCAAAGAAAGAAACCCUUUUAUUCCUUGGUGUUUUAUUUCUGGUAGUUUUUGCGAAAGCAAACACCAACACAAUUUCGGUCCUGGUGCUCCGUAGAUACCUGAUCUCGCAAAGGUUCCCUUCUCUUGCCGAUCUAAACAAAAAGAAAAUUGAGUAUCGGUCGCUGCUACCUGUUAAAUGGUGACAAACAACUGUCGAAAGGAAAAUUAUUGACACCAAUUACAGUAAAUCAAAGUCGUGGGUUGGUGUCUAGUGAAAAACGACGAAUCGGAAAAGCCUUGGUUCUUUAGUGUUUCUCCAGCGACAACAGUCGGCCGACGAUGGCCAACGAUGCUUGAACGGGUUAGGAUUGGUGGUUUUAGCGGAACGUACAAAGUGAGAAGUGCCGAGCUGGCGCGCGACAGGAAAACCCAAACCAAAUCGGUGACUGUUCUGUUUCUGGACGACAGCACCCAAACAUUUCAGCUCGAGAAAAAGGCCAAGGGUUCGGAGCUGCUGGAUCUAGUCUUCCAGCAUCUUGAACUUUCCGAGCGGGACUACUUCGGGUUACAGUUUCAACCUAAAUGUGCCAACAACGCAGCAAUAGUGUUGAAUGGAGAUAGCCAGGGAGGGGACGGGGGGACCCUCGGAAGAUCCGUCCUAGUCAACGGUGGGCGAUGGCUUGAUCCAAACAAGCCAUUCCGGAAACAAUGGAACGCUGUACGGCUUUCCGGCGAGGCCAGCCCCCUUUUAAUAUUUCGGGUUAAGUUUUACGUUACCGAUCCGAGCCGCCUUCACGAAGAGUAUACGAGGUACCAGUUCUAUCUACAGGUUAAACGAGAUAUUAUCCAAGGAAAGCUGCCAGUAGGAUUGAAUACUGCCUGUUUGUUAGCGAGUUAUACUGUGCAAUCUGAACUAGGUGACUACAAUCCCCUGGAACAUACCCAUGGCUAUCUCAAUGAGAUGCAGUUGCUGGUGGAUCAGAACGAAGAAAUUGAACAUCGCAUAUCAGAGCUUCAUAAACUUCAUCGCGGUCAAUUACCGGCGGAUGCCGAGUAUAAUUACUUGGAACAUGCCAAGCGCCUGGAUAUGUAUGGGAUCGAUUUUCACCAGGCAAAGGAUUCUGCUGGCAAGGAGCUUCAGCUAGGAGUUUCAUCCAUAGGUUUAUUAGUCUAUCAAAACGGGAUCCGUAUAAACACCUUUUCUUGGUCGAAGAUGGUUAAGGUUUCCUUCAAGCGAAAAGAUUUUUUCAUCCAACUGCGAAGGGAAACAUCGGAAAACUACGAUACCCUUCUAGGGUUUAGUAUGGGUUCUCAUCGAAACGCAAAAACACUUUGGAAAGCUUGUGUGGAACAUCACUCGUUUUUCCGACUUCAAAGGCCGCACCGUUCACCACGAUUCCUGCCAAUAACCCUAGGUUCUAAGUUUUACUAUUCCGGCCGCACCGAGCUUCAAGCUGUUCAAGAAAGCCGCCAACGUGGCAAGGUUGCUAAAAUAUUUAUAAGAUCACCCAGUAAACGGUUGUUGAAUGUCUCUCAACCUCAGUCACCGCUCCUGAACGGAUCGAACGACAGUAGUAAUGGAAACGGGACUAACAAUGGUAAAAACCAAUUGUCCCUGCUAUCGCUUACCAAGGGAAGCAGAACAUACGAUAAAGUCACCUCAAAAACGCCAUCGAUCCCGCGCAAAGCUUGGGAACAACAAAGUGAUGAGCCGACAUUCAUUGAGCACUGUAACCGUACCUACGAUGUGCAGAUGCCUACCAUAUUUGAUUCGCCUCCAGCUUAUAAUGGUAUCAAUAAUCCAGAGAACAGCAUUCCCAACGAGGAAGGACUUGUCACAAUCAGACUUGUGGCUGAUGAUCAAGGGCGGUUUGGAUUCAAUGUUAAAGGUGGUGUUGAUUUGAACCUUCCCGUCCAGGUUUCUCGUGUCGCUCCACAUACCCCAGCGGACAAGAGUACACCCCGAAUAUGUGAGGGCGAUCAGCUGGUCAUGAUCAAUGGCCGGGACGUCAGUACAAUGAUGCACGAACAGGUUGUGAACUUGAUACGAGCUUCGCGGCAGGGUGGCGAGCUAAUGCUAACGCUCAAACCGAAUGCCUUAGCCGACUACACCGAAGAAGAACCCCUGUAUCAGUAUGUACCGGACGAGUGCGAUAUCGUGCGAGGUGAGCUAAAUGGCGAUCAGCUUUUCACGCAAUCACUGUUGCUUCUAAGCGAUGGUUUGGCGUCCGGAUCUUUGUUGGCGCAAUACGAACAGUUGUACAGGAAAAAUUCAGACCUAGCCAUAACAGAGGCGCGAAAGAAUGAGAAUAUCAACAAAAACCGAUACCGGGAUAUAUCACCAUAUGACUGCACACGGGUAGUUUUACUAAAUGCAGAGAGUGGAGAUUACAUCAAUGCGAACUACAUCAACAUGGAGAUUCCGCCAACGGGAACGAUCAAUAGAUACAUUGCCACCCAAGGUCCCUUAUCCCCCACAGUUAAUGAUUUCUGGCGAAUGGUACAGCAAGAGAGCAGCCAUCUAGUCGUGAUGUUAACGACGGUCAUGGAACGAGGUCGUCCCAAAUGUCACCAGUAUUGGCCUUCGGCAGACGAUGAUGCAUUGGAACUGUCCGAAGGGUUUUCAAUUAAAUGUCUAACUGAAAAACCAGAUGAGACUGGUAGCUUCGUGUUUCGUGAUCUAGUGCUUACCGACGAUAAAACUAAGGAAACGCGAACUAUUCAACACAUGCAGUAUUUAGCCUGGCCGGACCACGGAGUACCCGCAGAUCCGAAUUUGUUUCUACAGUUUACCGAGAAAGUGCGAUCAGCUAGAAACACAACGCUAUUGCAGGAGAUCGAAGCAAGCUUGAAGAACGUGAAACUGAGGACGAUGGAUGAAAACGGAGGACUGGAUCAUUCAGAAAGACGAAUAGUGCAUACCGAUAGUGACGAAAGCCCGAACGAUAUGCCUUCUUCUACAUCGGUUCAUCAAUAUAUUAGUGCAGCUAAUCCGCCAAUUAUUGUUCAUUGUUCGGCUGGAAUCGGAAGGACAGGUGUGCUAAUAUUGAUGGACACAGCCCUUGCUCUCAUGGAGUCGAAAGAACCUAUCUAUCCACUAGAUAUAGUGCAGGCCAUGCGCGAUCAAAGAGCUUGUAUGGUUCAAAAUGUGAGUCAAUAUCGAUUCGUAUGCGAGUGUAUCUGUGCGGCGUACAAAAAAAUGGUAACACAGGAAAAAGAAGAAGUUAGGUCCGCUUCUCCUAGGAUAUCGGAAACUGUUACGAGUAAAUCCAUCACCAACGGUGCUAAACUUGGCACAGGGAGUGGGGCUGAGUCUGGAGGUGCUUCAUCGCUCAGUGAAGAAGACACAUCACCGCUAGAAGAACCAAUGCGACAGCCGGCUCUCAGGAAAGCGCCUUUGGCAGUAGAAACUACAAGUUUAACAACAACACCCACCACUACGAAUGUUACCCCUACAACAGUGAAUACAGCCGGGGCACCAUUGGCAGUUGCAGAAGCACCAGUAAACGGAAAUGAGAACACACCGGAUAGAUGAUUAGAAACCAUCGUGUAAGUCUCUCAUCACUUGCUAAUCCUAUUAAUAAUGUUGUUUUGUCUGUAGAAUGUAUAGAUCAGUUGGUAUUUCAACAACAAUUCACCAAGCUUAGCUUUAUGCAGCUACAUAUUUAUGAAAAUAGGCGUAUAGUUUUCAACGAAUAAUUUGUAUUUCCACAUCAUUAUCACAUUAAUCUUUAAUAUUAUAUACUGAUAAAAAAGAUUUUCAAUAGGUAUAGUUUGAUCUUUUCUUAAUGUACACGUAAUGUGAACUUCUUUGUAGAGUGCGAGUCAAUAGUCGACCGAAUUCAUUUUUUGGUUGGAUACACGGUGUUAUCAUUUUCAACAACAGUGUAUGAAAGCGACCGGAAGUCACGUGUAGAGUUAGAGUGUUCCGAUAACAUGACACUAAAUGGCUUCCGAUCAACUCAAUUGUUGUUCGAUGAGGUGACGUACAUCUGGCAACUGAUAUUUAAAUACUAUUUUCAAUAAUAAAUCGAAUAUCUCAAUCUUGAAA